AAAGUUUCUCACUCUCACUCUUUCACACUCUUUGCACUGCUUUCUCCCAUCACAGCACUUUUUUCAGUCUCAGCGCUCUCUCAUACCCAUUUCUUCAUUAGGGCAAAAGAAGAAGUAAGCAAUGAAAGAAGGAAGGGGUUCCACUCUGGUUCAUCUUCUGGUAGUAGUUCUGAGCUUGGUGGCCUUUGGUUUCGCCAUUGCCGCCGAGAGACGGCGAAGCGUCGGCCACAUAUUUAAUGAUGAACGUACAAAUACAACCUAUUGUGUGUAUAACUCGGAUGUUGCUACUGGUUAUGGAGUUGGGGGUUUUUUGUUUCUUCUUUCAAGUGAAUCUCUGCUUAUGGGAGUGACUAAGUGCAUGUGUUUUGGGAGACCCUUAGCUCCUGGUAGUAAUCGAGCUUGGUCCAUCAUAUAUUUUGUCUCAUCAUGGGCGACUUUUCUCGUAGCAGAGGCAUGUCUGAUUGCAGGUGCAAAGACGAAUGCAUAUCAUACGAAGUACCGGGAGAUGAUUUAUGCUCAGAACUUCUCUUGUGAAUCUUUGCGGAAAGGUGUGUUUGUUGCUGGUGCAGUAUUUGUGGUAGCAACCAUGAUUCUAAACGUGUAUUACUACAUGUACUUCACCAAGGCAACUACUAACCAAGCAGCUCAUAAAACAAAUCAUUCAAGCUCUACUGUUGGGAUGGCUGGGUAUGCUUAGAAUAAAACUAAUAAAUAGAUAAGUUCCAAGUUUUGCCCUUUGAUUUUAUGUGUGUUUGGAAUGCCUUUCUGAUGUUUAUGACUUAAACUUUAGUAUGCAUUCCGUUUAUGUAGUUAUAUAUACGUGCUAUUGAUGACUGCUUUGAUUAGGCUACAUGCAAAAUCAUAUUCAAUUAUAGGAGUGACGUUGUAUUAAUAUUA